AUGGCGUCGUGGUACGCGCCGUCCGAGAAAUCCUCCGCGCCAACCCAACCCACGCCGCUCCACGUCGCCCUCGUCGCCUUGUCCCACGCCUCCCUUUCGUCUGUCGCUUCAACGCUCUCCAUCUCCGGCGGCGACAAUGCUGCUGCCGCCGCAAAAACCAUCGCCGGCCGCUGCAUUAACGCGCCCCCCGCCGUCCGAGGUGCUGCUAGCAGAGUCGUUGCUCCGCGCGCGGGCCCGCGGCUGGUGGUGGUGAGCGCGUACGACGGCGUGCUGGACCCCGACCUGUUGGGGCGCGGCGGGUUUGGCACGGUGGUGGCAAUGCGGCGAGUGGAGAGCGGCGAGAUGGUGGCGGUGAAGCGCGUGUCGCGCAAGCAGAAGGUGGAGGCGGCGAACGAGGCGAUGCUGGCAGUGUCACUGAGCGAGUUGGUGAAGCACGUGAGCGACGCCGUGGCGUUCUGCCACGAGCGAGGCGUGGGGCACUGCGACAUCAAGCGAGGCGUGGGGCACUGCGACAUCAAGCGAGGCGUGGGGACUGCGACAUCAAGCGAGGCGUGGGGCACUGCGACAUCAAGCGAGGCGUUGGGCACUGCGACAUCAAGCGAGGCGUGGUGCAUUGCGACAUCAAGCGAGGCGUGGGGCACUGCGACAUCAAGCGAGGCGUGGGGCACUGCGACAUCAAGCGAGGCGUCGAGGCGUGGGGCACUGCGACAUCAAGCGAGGCGUGGGGACUGCGACAUCAAGCGAGGCGUGGGGCACUGCGACAUCAAGCGAGGCGUUGGGCACUGCGACAUCAAGCGAGGCGUGCGAGGCGUGGGGCACUGCAACAUCAAGCGAGGCGUGGGGCACUGCGACAUCAAGCGAGGCGUGGUGCACUGCGACAUCAAGCGAGGCGUGGGGCACUGCGACAUCAAGCGAGGCGUGGGGCACUGCGACAUCAAGCGAGGCGUGGUGCACUGCGACAUCAAGCGAGGCGUGGGGCACUGCGACAUCAAGCGAGGCGUGGGGCACUGCGACAUCAAGCGAGGCGUGGUGCACUGCGACAUCAAGCGAGGCGUGGGGCACUGCGACAUCAAGCGAGGCGUGGUGCACUGCAACAUCAAGCGAGGCGUGGUGCACUGCGACAUCAAGCGAGGCGUGGUGCACUGCGACAUCAAGCGAGGCGUGGGGCACUGCGACAUCAAGCGAGGCGUGGGGUACUGCGACAUCAAGCGAGGCGUGGGGCACUGCGACAUCAAGCGAGGCGUGGGGCACUGCAACAUCAAGCGAGGCGUGGGGCACUGCGACAUCAAGCGAGGCGUGGGGCACUGCGACUGUCAAAAGCAGUAG